AUGACAAUUUCUGGUGCCGUGACUCGGAUAAGGAACGGUGGGCUUUGGUCCUCCGGGGAGGCGCCCCGCGACAUUUCGCGGCCCCGCGACCAACAGCUCACUCCAACCUUACCGACGAACCUAAAUUCUAGGAUAUUGAGCAAAAAAGGACCGGUAAAAUCCCAUAAAAUUCUGUGCACGGGAGUCCGGACGAAGACGCAGGACGCGUAAGUAUACUGCGAAGUUGUUCGCGGGUUCGCCGUUCGGGCGGGAUUGGGUAUCCUGGAUUAUAACGAACGAGAGGUUCGAUAUACUGAACCAAGCGAGUGUGGACCCUUUAGUACUGCGUUUCCCACCUCCCGCGAGGGACUGGGCCAGGAAUAAGGGGAGCGAGUGAGUGUGUGUUUGUGGAUAAUCCAGAAGAUGGGGGCGAAGGGCAGCAAGCCUUCGACUCCCAUGGGGAGGGUACACACUGUACCUAAAAAUACCCCUCUGGCAUAUAUCUUAGACAAUUGGAGAUAUUCCCCUGGAACCCUAGGGAAAGAUAAGCAAAAAAUGAUAGAAUAUUGUACUAAGAUAUGGGGAGGGAAGAAGAUUUCUAAAAAUGUCUUUUGGCCAGUCUAUGGGUCAGAAGAAGAUUGGGUAAGACAGCAAUUAAACCUCUGGGUUAAUAAUAAAAAUCCCCUUAACCCGGAGGAGAGUCAAUAUGCGGAAGUGUGGCUAGAAAGACCGAGAGCUAGACUUUAUCCGCUGAAUGAAAUAAAAACUAAACAAAAGAAAAAGAAGGAAGAGUUAGACGAAACCCUUCUAACCCCCCCUCCUUACAUUCCUCCUCCUGCUCCCGCAGAAGUCCCCAGAGCGCCCACUCCCCCACCGGAGUCGGAACAAGGGUCUCCCCCUCUUCCUAGACGCGUAACUAGAAGUCAAAAAGGGGCAGCUCAGAUGUACCCCCUAAGGGAAAUACCCAUGGGGGGACCUCAACCUGUGAUCGGAUAUAUUUCCGUACCCCUAAACUCGGCUGACCUACGAGAUUUUAAAAGAACCGAAAUGGGAAACUUAAUUGAGGACCCACUGGGAGUGGCAGAAAGAUUAAAUCAAUUUUUGGGACCAAACCUUUAUACUUGGGAUGAGAUGCAAUCUAUCCUUGGUCAAUUAUUUACUACCGAGGAAAGAGAUAUGAUUAGACGAGCAGGAAUGAGACUGUGGGAUGCUCAACAUGCCCAGGGACCCCAAGCAGAGAGUCAGGGGCUCUAUAUCUUAGGGGACCGGAGUCAUCAUGAGCCCUUGAUAAAAUUAAAAAUAGGUCCCCAUAAACAAGAGUUCACCUUUUUAGUAGACACUGGGGCUGAGAAAUCAACUAUUAAGCAAAUACCUGAGGGAUGUAAAGUUUCCCCUGAAAAGGUACAAGUAAUUGGGGCAAAAGGAGAACCCUUUAAAGUAAGCAAAAUCAAAAAUGUGGUAUUCGAAACUGAAAAUAAAUUUGGAAUGGGUGAACUCUUGCUCGUCCCUGAAGCAGAAUUUAAUCUGUUAGGACGAGAUUUAAUUGUUGAAUUGCAAUUAGAAAUUAAAGUGAAAAAUCAGGAGCUAACAGUGUCUGCUUAUCCUUUAACCGUGGAUGAUCAAAAACAAAUUAACCCCGAUGUCUGGUACUCUCCGGACACAAUUAGUAGACUGAAAAUCCCACCGAUUAAAAUCCAACUUUCCGAACCCCACAUACCUGUGAGGGUAAGGCAAUAUCCCAUAUCCCUAGAAGGACGGAGGGGAUUAAAACCAGAAAUUGAUCGAUUGUUAGCACAAGGAAUCUUAGAGCCUUGUAUGUCACCCUUUAACACCCCCAUUCUGCCUGUAAAGAAACCAAAUGGGAAAUAUCGACUCGUACAUGAUUUAAGGGAAAUAAACAAAAGAACUAUCACCCGAUUCCCUGUAGUAGCAAAUCCAUACACACUGCUAAGCAAGCUAGGACCCCAUAACUCCUGGUAUAGUGUGGCUGACUUAAAGGAUGCCUUUUGGGCCUGUCCACUGGCAGAAGAAUGCCGUGAUUAUUUUGCCUUUGAAUGGGAAGACAUAGAGACAGGCCGUAGACAGCAAUUGAGAUGGACUGUGCUUCCCCAAGGGUUCACUGAGUCCCCUAAUCUGUUUGGACAGGCCCUGGAAGAGCUCUUAAAAGAAUACCAGGUACAAACGGGAAACGUGCUGUUACAGUAUGUAGAUGAUCUGCUCAUAGCAGGGAAUAAUAAGGAGGAUGUAAGGAAAGAAAGCAUUUGA